GAAAUGUGUAUCUCCAUUUUAAGUGAAGUGAGAAAGAAACUACUCAACUGUUACAGCUCAACUCAAGUGACAGAUGAAGUGGAAAUCAUGUCCCAGAAGGUAUUGUUCAUUAAGCUGCUGUUGCUGCACUACGCAACCCUGAGUCGGCCACAAAUUUAUGCCAACUGCAACGAAGAUGCUACAGUGAUGUGUCCAGUUCUCGACAUUGACAGCAUGGAUUUCAUGUCUGUGGCAUGGUACAAGAUAAACCAAACAAAAAUUGGCAUCAUCAGGAAGGGUAAAGAUAACAAGACCAUGCGGUACAGCAACUUCAUUCGUUCAAUCAAACCCAGGUUUGGAGAGAAACACAGUCUUUUGAUCCCCAGUGUGACACCUGAAGACUCGGGCACCUACGAAUGUGAAAUCAGUGCGAAUAUAGGGGGUCAAAAUCAGUAUCUUGAAGUCCAACUAACGGUCUAUGAGUGUGAGACUGACAUGACAACAAUAACAACUGUGUUGAACGCCACUCUGCCCAACCUGCUCUGCCACAAACCAGAGGAAGACAUUCCAGUCAUGUGGAGCAUCUUAGGAUACUCGGCAGUGGGCUUCGUAAAAAUCAUUUUAUCGCUAAUCAGCAUUCAGGUUAUUCAAGCUGUUCGUAUGAGGUCCUCAAGACGACGCCAGCAUAAGUGGUGAAGCUGACCUGUGACAUUAUAUAGACACACAAAUCAUCUAAGUCAGCAGUUGGAAGUGAUUUUAUUUUUUGCAUUCUUAUUUAUUAUACUUUACAUUAUUUUCAGAGAUAUUCAUGUAUUUUUUAUACGUUUUUUAAAAUGUGUCACUGUGCUGAACCAAACCACAUUUGUCAUGGCAAGAAAGAUGUCAACUCAACCAUAAAAGUUUGAUAUAACUAAACAGGAACUGACAUGGGAGGAGGAACCACAAACACCACACACGCACUGCUACAUGUAUAAACAUUUACACAGGUAUUAAACAAGCGUCUGAUAUGCUAACAUAAAGUAUAAUUGCAAUGGUCAGCGUGUUAUUCAUGUUUUAAUUGUUCUGUUUAUAAAUGUAAAAUAAUACAUUUCAUUGUUUUUAUGAUACUCAGCAACUGUAUCACCAAGCUUGUGGAUUUCACCCACCUCAUGUUAUGCUUUUAGUUCCUCUCAUGAAUCAAAUGCUCAAAGAAAAUAUCACUUUGAAGUGGCACCAAAAACAACAAUAAAUGUUAUUUCAA